AUGAUGGAGGCUGAGGAGGGCGGACGGCCCAGGAGCGUCCAGGAGCUCUCCAAGGAGUCCCAGGACUUCCACUUCAAUAAGAAUGUGCCCCUCAAGCACUGGCUGCGGACGGCCAAGACCCUGAACACCGAGGCUGGCUUCUAUCUGCGGGAAGGCAACUUCCCCCAAGCUUUCAUGCUCUUCAUGCGCCAGUCCGACCUGAUCAUGAACUACAUCAACGGCCACCCCGAAGCCAAGACCCCCGAGGGCAAAAUUGCCAUCAAGAAGGCCGUGAAAGACCUGCCCGUCGUCUUCAUGCACCUCGAGAAGAUCAAGCCGAUAAUACAGCGCGACUACGACGAGUGGCAGGCCAAGGAGGCCAGGAGACGAGAGCUGUAUGAGAAGCAAGGAGGGGACAAGUCGCAGAAGGCGCAAACAGCCUACGACAGGCACGCCGCUCGCGACCCUGCGCUCUCGGCCAAGUCCAAGCUGCUGGAUGCUGGCGAGAACUUGGGUCUUGCCGUCGACCUGGCCAGACGGGAGAUUAAGCGCCGAGAUGACGACAAGCGUGCCUCCCGCCAGGCUGGCAUGUCAGCCGAGGAGGAGCAGCAGCGGAGAACGGCCGGCUUCUGGAACAACUGGACAGACGAGCUGGCCAAGAGGCAGGCAGAGGACGAAGAGUUCUUCCGCACCCAGAUGGAGUCCUCGAGGAGGAAGCCCGACGGAACCGAUGAUAGCCACAUCCACGACUUUGUCCAGAAGAUGAGCCGUGCCGAACGUGAGCGCGAUGGUUUAUCUGGCCCCCGUCCCGGUCCUCCCACUGCCGCCAAUUAUCACUACCCCAGCAUUUCAAAGUCAACGCCACUACAAUACGAUGCGACGGUGGCCAGACCUCGACGAGAAGCCGCGCCGCAACCGCCACGGCCGCCCAAGGACUUUGUAUCGGAAGACUACCUGGGAGCGCCAGCGCCGCCAUCCUUGCCAGAACUGCCCUCCAAGGAGCAGCUCUGGCCCCCUCCGACUCCUGAACCCCUUUAUCAGCAGCACCAUUACCAGCCGCCUGCACCCCCGCCCAAGGAGUUGGAAGUGCCCCCUGAGCCCACUUACCAGACCCCAACACCCCCAGAGAGACGGCCUGGCCGGGAAACCCUCACCUUUAAACCCGCCGCGUACUUGGAAAGCGGCGACCCUAUACGCUGUGUAAUAGUUCCCGUGGGGCUACGUGAGGACUUCCUCAAGCUGGCGGCUGAAAACACACGACGCGGGCUGGAGAUGUGCGGCAUCCUUUGCGGUACCGCCGUUAACAACGCGCUGUUCGUGACAUGCCUAGUCAUCCCGGAACAGACGUGUACAUCAGACACGUGCGAGACGGAGAAUGAGGGCGCCAUCUUUGACUACUGCAUCCAAGAGGAUCUGCUGCAGCUGGGUUGGAUCCAUACCCAUCCAACGCAGACCUGUUUCAUGAGCAGUAGAGACUUGCAUACCCAAGCUGGCUAUCAGGUCAUGCUCCCUGAGAGUAUCGCCAUCGUGUGUGCUCCCAAGUUCGAGCCUUCAUAUGGUAUAUUCCGAUUGACAAACCCACCUGGCUUGCCUCACAUACUCCAGUGCUCACAGCAAAACACCUUCCACCAGCACAGCAUUGAUAACCUGUACACGGGAGCGGCGGAGCGCCCCGGUGGGCAUGUGUACGAAACAGAAGGAUUUGAUUACUAUGUCCACGACUUGCGACCUGGCGCGAAAAACACCAAGACGUACUAG